AUGCCAGAUAUUACAACUUUGGGCAGCCAGCUCCAGAAUGAGGAUGGGGUCGAAGAACUCGCUGCUCAGAAUGCAAUCCCAGGACAUCCUCUCGGCGUAAAACCGAGUGGCAACGCGCUGCUCGCCGCUGUCAAUCUCCGCAACGCGAUUGGUACAUUCGGGUUGCUGCCAGACGAGUUGAUUUUGAUAUUAUUGGAGUUCCUUGAUUGCCCAAGCCUCCUGCGGCUUGGCCGCACAUGUAAGGCGCUUUAUGCUUUCACAAGAGCGGAGGAUCUAUGGAAGACUAUUUUCAUCAGAUCCCCUCCUACAUCUUUCACAUGGAGAGGAACAUGGCGUACGACGUACCUGAACCUUCCUCCAUCUAAGGUUGCUUUUCUCGACUGUUCCAACCUGUUCUCGGAUGCCCUGCAUAGGCCAUUCUAUUGCGCGCACAUUUCGCUAGAUCCAUAUGCCUCCAACAUUCCAACUAGGAACCAGAUUGCCCGUUUACCCAACCUAACUCCUCAAGAAUUUCAGGAGAAAUGGUCUGAUACACCGUUCAUCUUGACGGAACCCGUGAAACAGUGGCCGGUAUACCACCAGUGGUCGGUGGAGACACUGCUGCCGAAGCACGGAGGGACUCCCUUUAGAGCGGAGGCUGUCGACUGGCCUUUCCGGACAUAUGUUGAUUACAUGAAGAACAACUCGGACGAAAGCCCUCUAUACCUCUUCGACAAGGAGUUUGUCUCCAAGAUGGGGCUCAGGGUAGGUCCGAUGGACCAGGAACCAGAGAUAGCCUAUUGGCCGCCACCAUGCUUCGGCGAGGAUUUCUUCUCUGUUCUGGGCAACGACCGGCCCGAUAGACAGUGGUUGAUUAUCGGACCUGAAAGAUCUGGAAGCACUUUUCACAAGGACCCUAAUGCUACAAGCGCCUGGAAUGCUGUUGUCCGUGGCUCCAAGUACUGGAUUAUGUUCCCUUCGUCUUCCAAGCUUCCCCCUCCGCCCGGGGUUUAUGUGUCGGACGACCAAAGUGAGGUGACUUCCCCGCUUAGUAUAGCGGAAUGGCUCUUAGGAUUCCAUGCCGAGGCUCGCCGUACACAAGGCUGCAUUGAGGGCAUUUGUCAGGAAGGAGAAAUCCUCCAUGUUCCUUCCGGCUGGUGGCAUCUAGUCGUCAAUCUUGAACCUGCUAUCGCAAUCACGCAAAAUUUCAUUCCUCGCGCCCACUUAACAGCCGCGUUGGAUUUCCUGUCUAAUAAGGCAGAUCAGAUUUCUGGAUUUCGAAAGGAUGUAACCAACCCGUACGAACAGUUCGUGGCCAAGAUGCAGAAAUCACACCCGGAACUACUGCAAACAGCUCUAGACGAUUUGAAAAAGAAAUCCGAGGGCAAGAAGAGAAAAUGGGACGAGAUCGUCCACGGAAAGAUUAAAACCGAUUCAGCUGAGCCCGAAUCUGCUGGUUUCAGCUUCGGAUUUGGUGACGAUGAUAGCGAUGUGGAAGUUCCUUGA